AUGAGGUGGAACUCAGAAGAGGUUGAAAUUCAUACUUUAGUGAUUAAGACAUCUAUGGAAGAGAUCACUUACAAUGGGCUGGUUGAUAAAAUUUGCAAAAAGCUUAUGGUAGAUGGAGCUAUGACGCAGCUUAGACUUAGCUACUUUCCACUGAUAUUGGAUCCCAAGAAGCCAUCAUAUGUUCGGAAUGAUGAAGAUGUAUUUGGUUAUCUAAUGCAAGUGAAUAAUAAUCAGUGUAGAAGGGUUUUGCAUGUGGAGCUCAUCACAGAUGUUGAGCAAAAUGAGGGAUUUGUGCAACCGUCAGAGCCACAACAUGGUGAUGAUGUUAAUGAUGGUAUGGAUACUUUUUACAAAGGUGAACCAUCAGAACCGCAGAAAGAAGAUGUUGUUAGUGAAGAUGCUGAAGAUGGUGAAGAUGGUGAAGAUGUUGGAAAUAAUGUGCAUGAAGACUUUGGUAUGUAUGAUGAUAUUGAGGUGGCACCUGCUGUAGAAGGAGAUGUGUACGUGAAUCAUACAUGGAAAGAUGGUAUUGAUUUAGUUGUAGGACAAGAAUUUGGCAAAAAGGAGUCAUUACAAGAAUUAGUGUUUGUAGCCUCCCGUAAAAAUGGUUUUGAGUUUGAUAUCAUCCAGUCAGAUACACGUCGAUAUGUGUUAAAAUGUCGUGGAGCAAAAGAUGGGUGUAAGUGGUAUUUACGAGCUGCAAAGACGAAGAAUUCAGAUCUUUUCUCAGUUAGAACGUACAUCAAGACUCAUACAUGUUCUCGAGCUACUACAGUUACAAGCAAAAAUCGAAGGAAAGGCACACCACAGUUGGUCAGGUCUAUUUGCCAUUCUGAUUAUCCAGGCAAACUUAAAACUCCAGCACCACAAGAACUGAUUGGUUUGGUUCAAAACGCAUUUGGUGUUAAAGUAUCAUACUCUACUGCAUGGAGAGGUAAAAGAGCAGCUGCUAAUGAUGUGCGGGGAAGUCCAGAGGAGAGUUAUCAGUUGUUGCACUCUUAUUUGUAUAUGCUAGAGUACAUGAACCCUGGUACACGCACUUAUGUGGAAUUGGAUGAGGGAAACAGGUUUAAGUAUCUUUUCUUUGCCUUGGGAGCUUGCCUUGAGGGUUUUCAAGUCAUGAGAAAAGUGAUUGCUGUGGAUGCUACCCACCUUAAAAAUGCAUAUGGUGGUGUUUUAAUUGUUGCUACAGCUCAGGAUCCUGACCAUCACCAUUAUCCAAUUGCUUUGGUGUAG